AUGCGGGGCCUUUUAGCGUUAGGUCUGGGUGCUUCUCCCAUUGUUGGAGGUGCUGUGGCGGCUGUAAUUGUCCUGAAGCUAAGAAAAAGGCGAAGGAACCGGCAGCAGGGCAUCGAUGAUGACGGAAACGCCGGAGCGGACGAGGUGGGCGAGGAGGCCGCAGAACGGGAUAUCGAUGACCCUUGGCCAUCCCAGUCGAAACAGAGGUCAGGAAGCAGGGCAACAGAGGACCUUGCUGAGCCUCUGUCCACUGUGGUGCUGGACGAGACACUGCCCAUUGGCGAACACGACCUCUGGCGCCUCGUGAUGGCUGACCCAGAGUUCCAGAGCAGCGUGCAGAAGCUGAACAAGCACAGGGAACUCAAAGUGGGCCGUUGGCACAUGACAAAGGAUGGUGGGGCAGAGAGGAGGGUCAAGUACAUCACUUCCUUCAAGAAGCAGAUGAUUGGUCCCAAGGAGGCGCAGUGCAUAGAGACCCACAGCUGCACCAUGCACCCUGGCUCCGGCUGGCAAGUGGAUGUCACAGUCCAAACGCCAAAGGUCCCGUAUGGCAAUACUUUCCAUUCGCACCUGCGAUGGCUGGCCAGGAGCAUAGAUGGCAAGCGCACCCAGCUCAAGAUCUCCUGCGAGGUGGUCUUCACAGGCACAUGCCUGGUCAAAGGCGUGGUCAAGCGAGCAUCAAUGGAGGGCAUGAAGGAAUCGUACGCAAAGUACAGGGUGCAUCUGCUGGAGCACCUGAAGGUGGACUCAGCGGGGGGCGGCGCAGCAGAGCCGAAGCAGGGAAACGGGGGGCGCCAAGCAGGGCGGCUGCUUCUCCUGCUCCUGCUUGGCGCACUCCUCACCAUCGCAUACUUUGCCAUCACCGGGAAGCUAGAGGGGGGCCGAGACACAGCGGCGCACGCGCUGCAGCAGGGCCGCACGCUGCUGGCAGCCGCGGCGGCCGGGCUGCGCCAGCGCACUGCCGGAGCGCAGGUCACGGCAGCGGCCGGGCUGCAUGCGCUGCGGCACCAGACAGCCGCGAUCGUAGCGCCCUAG